GUCAACUCCUCACGGAGUAAGGGCGGGAACAGCGGGGAUUAAGAAGCAGCGUAGCGUGGAAUCCCUUCACGCAGGGCAGCCGAGAAGAAAUGGCUUUGCCAGGGUACGGCUGAAGCUACGGGCCGAGGUCAGUACCCCUUGCAGGGUUCCACUCCCCCCUGCGGUGGGCUAGGCUGCAAAAAUCCGGGUCCCCAGUUAUCUCGAGCGUUUCCCACCCAGGCAGCGAUAAGAAGGCUUCUCUGGACCGAAUUUCCCGCUCCGGCUUGUAUGGUGGACAAGAAACUGGUGGUGGUGUUUGGGGCCACAGGUGCCCAGGGGGGCUCAGUGGCCCGGACACUCCUGGAAGAUGGGACAUUCAGGGUUCGGGCUGUGACCCGGGACCCUAGGCAGAAGGCAGCGAGGGAGCUGAGGCUGCAAGGCGUGGAAGUAGUGCAGGGAGACCAGGACGAUGAGGCCAGCAUAGAACUGGCCCUGACUGGGGCUCAUGCCACCUUCAUCAUGACCAACUACUGGGAGAACUGCAGCCAGGAACAGGAGGUCAAGCAGGGAAAGCGGCUGGCUGAUGUGGCCAAGCGCCUGGGCCUUCACUAUGUGGUCUACAGCGGUCUGGAGAACAUCAAGAAGCUGACGGCAGGGAGACUGGCAGCAGGCCACUUUGAUGGCAAAGGGGAGGUGGAGGAGUAUUUCCGAGACAUCGGUGUUCCCAUGACCAGUGUGCGGCUGCCCUUCUAUUUUGAGAACCUCCUCUCCUUCCUGCCCCAGAAAGCCCCGGAUGGAAAGAGCUACUUGCUAAGUUUACCUAUGGGCGAUGCACCCAUGGACGGCAUGUCUGUCUCUGACCUGGGCCCUGUGGUGCUCAGCCUGCUGAAGAUGCCAGAAGAAUACAUCGGCCAGAACCUCGGGCUCAGCACCUGCAGGCACACAGUGGAGGAGUAUGCUGCCCUGCUCUCCAAGCAUACUGGGAAAGCUGUGCACGAUGCCAAGACAACCCCUGAGGACUACGAGAGGCUCGGCUUCCCUGGUGCCCGAGACCUGGCCAACAUGUUCCGUUUCUAUGCCCUGAAACCAGACCGCAACAUUGAACUGACUCUGAGGCUCAACCCCAAGGCCAGGACGCUGGAUCAGUGGCUGGAGCAGCACAAAGGGGACUUCGCCAGGCUGUGACCCUGCCCACCUCUCAAUCCCAUCUGGGGGGACAGGAGGUGCAGUCACAGUGGUCCUUUCUUGUGUUACAAAAAAGAAAAUUUUUUUUACAUAAAGGCCAUUGUUCUCACAGAUGGCUUCCAAAAGAAAUGGGCUUUGUUUCUGGGAAUUGGGCUGGGGUGGCAGCUGCUGGGGCACCAAUUCCAACAGGAGGCAUCGAGUAGUGGGGGGCCCAGUCCCCUCCCCUUGCAGUGAUGGGGUGUGAGGGCAUUCAGUAACAGAACACACAGGACUGAAAUGCAGUGGUUUUUUUUUGAUGCAGUUUUAAGUUCGGUCUAACAGCAGUGCAAUGGAACGCCGUGACCACAGCCCAGGGAACAGCUCUGAGCCGUUCCACAUUUGAAAUUCACUCACAGAGUGUGGGCAGAGUCCAGGGCAGAGGACUCGCCAAUACUAGCCAGGAUGCAUGCCUUUUGACAUCCCUACACAUACACCCUUCAUCUCCAGAAAGCUAGCGAGGUCAAAGGUGUAUUCCUUGAGUUUGAGGGCAAGUAAAUGGGACCCUUUCUCUUUCCUUCUCUUCACCCUCCCCCUGGGUAGGGCAUGCUCCUGGGUGCAGCCUCAACAUACAGGUAAUCAAACAAGCUAGGAAAAAAUGCACAAAGAAAUGUGGGAGAUCUGUUGACCUCAGAUCACCAUAUUGGACACUGCUGAGAAAGGUGACUCUGCUUGCAGCAAAAGCUUAUAGUAUCUACCAGGUAUUCGGGGUGGUUCAACCUUCCAUUUCCCAUUCGAGAGAAAAGGAACCAAGGCCACUCGUCUGAGGUUCCAUGGCCCCAGGUCCAUGGCAGGCUUCUUUUCCACUUCUGUGGAUUUGUGUAACCUCUAUCAUGGAUCUUUUUACUAUCCCACACUGGCCUCAGUACCCAUAGUCAUGGAAAGGGGCGAUAGUUCUACAAAAUUCAUUCGAUCUGUUCAUUAAUUAAAAAAACAUUUGACAGUUUA